UGCUCGACGUGCAGCUGAUCCUCAGCUCCUGGCAGCCUCGGGAGAGAGAAACCACUCCUUGCCUCACGCUGCAGGUGUGCUCAGCAGGCAGCAGCUGAGCUGGGCUUCCCAAAACCGCUGCUGCUGCCUCUCCCCGCCGGAGCCCAUGGCAGAGGAGAAGACCUUCCGCUACGGGUUCAUCAUCUUGGGUUUCUUCCUGGUGAUGGUGGGGAUGUUCAUCAUGAGCGUGGAGAAGCCCCAGUACUACAUCACCUUCUGUGUGCUGGGUGUCCUGCUCGUAGCCGUGGGCAUCACCUGGAGCAUGUGCCAGUGCUACCCAAAGAUAACGUUCAUCCCUGCGGACCUCGAGACCCAGCGGUUCCUGGACCACAAACCCAUGGUGCUGCCACAGAAGGACGCAGGCUUGAUUGCCCCCUGCCCCAGCCAAGAGGCCACCAGCCCCUACGAGAAGAGCCUGCCAUCCUACGAGCAGAUCCAGAGGCUGAGCUCAGCUCCACCCCCAGGCUCGGCACAGCCCAGACCCCGCAGCUGCUCCCAGUCAGCCGUGCAGGCCAGGGCAGAGAUCCACCGGGAGCUGGGGGGUGCUGGGGACCCCCUCCAGGACCUGGCACCUCGCCUGGAAACAGCAGCAGGCAGCUGCCCCGCCCCGGGGGACGCCCCGCUGGCAUCGCUGCUGGAGGAGAUGGACACGCCAUCCCUGGAGGGCUCGGUGCCCGGCAGCCCCACGCCACAGAGCCGGACCCCGGGCAGCUCCGGGGCGGGGGGAGAGCAGCCCCGGGCCCCCCGGAAAGGCCCCGGGGAGGAGGAUGAUCUCUACUACGGGCUCCGGGAGGAUGCGCUGCUCAAGGAGAGCGAUGGCGUCUUUGAGCCUGAAAACUGAUUUCCUGGGAAGAAUCGGAGGAAUUCCACUUGGCAUGGACUCACCGUCUGGAGGGGACACACAGGUCACAGCCUGGAGGAAAGGGGGCUGUCCCCAAAAGUGCAGUGGCCCAGGCUCCUGCCUGUCCCUGUGCCAUGCUGCACCCCUUGUGCACACCCAGCCACUCAGCAGGCUGUCAUUUCCACCAAACCCAAAGGGCUCCUGAAUUCAACAGAAUAUGGACAAGGCACCUUUGCCAAAGCCAUUUGGGUGGGCACAGAGCAGCUGGGCUGGGCAGGAUCUGGGCUAAAUACUGUGCUUGGGAAGGGAAAGGGUUGGCUGUGCUGUUUGGAACAAGAUCAGGUUUAGGCAAGUAAAAUGUGGUCAAUGCAGGUGGGUUUUACCAGGCAGAGCUGUCCUCAAAGUCUUUUUCCCACUUACCCAAGCUCUGCUGAAAUUAAAAUUCGAUCUGAGUCUCCUGCAGCAGGCAGCCUUUGUAUCUCCAGGUAGGGAGAGGGGUGGUGGAGGUGACAGAUCGUGCUGUCCCCUGCCUCCUGCACAAGGACCAGCUUCCAGCUCUCCUGGGGGCACAGGGAGGAGGGCACAGCUGAGCCAAAACCCUGCUGAUGGCACUUGAGGUGGUGGCUGUGCACACUGUCUGCUGGGUCAGUGUCAACUGCUGCAGGUGGGUUUGCAUGCUGGCACCCACCGUCCCCAAAUUUCUGUGAAUAAAAAGCGUUUGUUCCAAACC